UAUUAAUAAUUUAUCAUCUCACGUCUACUUUUCCAGGCUCUAAAAUUUUCGAGCCCUAUCACAGUAUCACUUCUUCUCUCCAUUCCAAAAACCCUUUUCUAGGGUUAGGGUUUUUGCUUCUGUUAAUUAUAUCUUCUCAAUUUCAGGGUUAGGGUUUUUCCUCUACUGUUUUCAAUCCCUGGGUUACUUCAAUUAUUCUUUGAUUUGGUUUUUUUGAGUCUGGGUGUCGGCUCUUGUGUUUGUUCCUUCGUUCUGGAUCUGUGGUACUAACAGUAAAUCGAUGAUGGAUGUAAGAAAGAGAGGGAGGCCUGAAGCUGGCUUCAAUGCGAAUGGGGGACUCAAGAAAUCUAAGCAUGAAAUGGACUCCUUAUCAACUGGUGUAGGAAGCAAAUCGAAGCCAUGCACCAAGUUUUUCAGUACUGCUGGCUGUCCAUUUGGUGAGAGCUGCCAUUUUUUGCACUAUGUUCCAGGCGGCUACAAUGCUGUGGCCCAGAUGAUGAAUCUGGGGCCAGCUGUCACUCCAGUUUCUAGAAACCUGGCUGUCCCGUCGGUGGUUCCUAAUGGUUCUGCUCCAACUGCAGUUAAGAGCCGCUUGUGCAACAAAUAUAAUUCUGCUGAAGGUUGCAAGUUUGGUGACAAAUGCCAUUUUGCACAUGGUGAGUGGGAACUUGUUGGCAAGCCCAUUGCUUCAUCGCAUGAGGAUGCUCGUGCCAUUGGAACUAUUCCAGGGCGUAUGGGUGGUCGGAUGGAACCCCCUUCACCUGGACUUGCUGCUAGUUUUGGUGCCUCAGCCACUGCAAAAAUCAGUGUGGAAGCUUCCCUUGCUGGAGCCAUCAUUGGUAAAGGUGGUGUGAAUUCCAAGCAGAUCUGUCGCCAAACAGGAGCCAAGUUAUCCAUCAGGGAACAUGAAACGGAUCCUAAUCUCAGGAACAUCGAAUUUGAGGGAUCAUUUGAACAGAUUAAGCAAGCUAGUGCCAUGGUUUCGGAGCUAAUUGCCAGUGUUAGUUCUGCAAAUGCCUCAGCGAAAACUACUGGAGUGCCCGGGGGCGGCCAUGCCCAUCCAGGAAGCAACUAUAAAACCAAGAUAUGUGAAAAUUUUAGCAAAGGAUCUUGCAGCUUUGGUCAAAGAUGCCACUUUGCUCAUGGGGCCGCUGAAUUGCGCAAGUCAGGCGUGUGAUGAGGCCAAUCAGUUUCGUAAAUGGUUCAUUGCACUUGCUGUUGUGCAAUCUUUGUAUUAAUGGGAGCUCUGGUUAAAGUGCUGGCUGUGCAAUGCUACCAAGUGACAGUGAUGAAACUGUGAUAACUUAGUUUUUGGGCUUAUUUUUUAUUUUAUUAGAUCCAUCAUAGCUCUAGUGACCCUUUUCUUCAUUCCUUCCGAAUUUAUUAGUGUUGUGCUUUGUCAGUUUGUUUAUGUUAGACACGGUUUUGUGUGCCUUGAGAAGAUAUUAUCCAAGUCGCAAGAAUCAUGCAAUUAGAACUUUUCUUGAUUGCAUAA